CAAGGUACAGUCACUCGUAGCCAAUCCCUCUACCAGCAACCGCCGCCGUACCAACCUCGUCAUCUUCGUACAUCAUCCACCUUGAGCACGUGUCUUAACGUACCAGUAAACGUCCUGAUACGGCUACGCUUCUGCGACGAUGGUGCAGCUGUUCGAGAACGCUCACUCGGAACAGAUCAAGACCUGGCUGACCGAGGAGCUUGGGCCAAUCUGUGACGCCGAGCCUGACGUCUUGUCCGACUAUGUCAUUGCUCUACUGAAGCACGAUGCAUCCGAGGCCGAGCUCGCAGCUCUCCUCAAUGAGCAAUUGGCAGACUUCCUUGACACCAAGACGGAACCAUUCGUUGCCAAGCUCGUCUCUACCCUCUCCACAAAGUCAUAUCUUCCAGUGGAUCAGAGACCCUCCACCUCGGCAGCAAUCGUGGACAUUACUGCUCCAUCGUCAUCUUCACGCAAGAGAGGUGCAGAGGAUGAGCCGCGGAGAUCUCCGCCGAAAGCUCCUCGCUCAAGCGACGUCGGCAUUCCUACAGGACCCAGGGGAGCCGCCAAGGCUGCAGAUGGAGCCAAUGGUUCCGGUGGGGCCAGAGAUCGAGAUGUGAGAGAGAAGCGACAAGCAGGGCCAUCCACAGCAGACAGACCCCAGUCUCAACAGUCGCAGUCCCGGACGAAGGAGCUUUGUAGAGACUUUCACCAGAAAGGCUGGUGUUCAAGGGGAGACAGCUGCCGCUGGGAGCAUUCGACCGACGCUAUCACUGGGGGCACGAAUCAUGGCAACAACGGCAUGCAGGCUGCGACUGGACCUGGUCCAGCGCAGUCAAUGAACGGGCCCGGAUCUCACUUCAAUGGCAUGCAGGGUGGACCUUCUCAGCCAAUGUUCAUGGGUCGACCACCCAUGCCAUCUCAGAUGGCCGGCGGCUUCCCAAUGUUUCCCGGGCCCACGCCUGGAUGGAACGGGUCACAGUCUCCUACUCCUUUCGGAGGAGCUCAAUCUCCGCCAGGGCCGUUCCAGGGUGGACCUCCAGGCUUCGAAGGGGCUGGCUUGGCAGCUCGUCUUGGAGAACAACGGCAGCAGCAUCCUUCACCUCAAACUCCAUUCUUUCAGCAGCAAUCUGAAGGGCAGGGAGGCUUCCCAAUGGGCUCUGCUCCUUCAAUGGGAAUGGGAGGCGGCGAAGGACCAUCCCGAGGCGGAUUCGCUGGCAGGGGUCGAGGGAGGGGAGGUGGACCACCUGGUACAUUUAGCACCCGCUCACGCAGCACAACGACGCUUGUCAUCGAGAACGUGCCUGCCGACUACCUCGAUCUGGUCAAGAUCAACGACUACUUCAAGCGCUUCGGAACCAUAACCAACAUCCAGAUCGACCAGCCCAGUGCCAAAUCGUUGGUCAGCUACUCCACACCCGCAGAAGCUAAGACUGCUCACGAGAGUCCGGAAGUCAUCUUCGGCAACCGCUUUGUGAAGGUCUACUUUCAGAAGCUCGACGAGCCGCUGGACGGCUCGUCUUCCGCAGGACCCCCUGUCGUUAGACCACCUCCGCCACAGAAGCAGACGUUCGGAGCUGGCCAGAAUGUAUACCGGCCGCCAGGUGCUGCACUGCCUCCUACGCCCUCGCCUGCGCCUAGUGCAACUCCGGAGCAAAUCGUUGAGCGCAAACAGGCGAUCGAAACGCAACGUACCGCUCAGGACAAGGUGAACACCUUGAUCACCGAACAGAAGCAGCUCAUGGUCAAGCUGGGAGUCAAGACGGCUACUCCUGAAGAGAAGAAGGCGGGUAUGGUGCGAUUGCGGGAGUUGGAGCCGAUCAUCAAGCAGGCCACCGAGGAGGUGAGGAAAGCUGUAGCGGCUGUAGCUGCCCUCCCCGCAACCUCUACGAGCAGCGGUACAGGAUCGUCCUUCUCCUCGUUCGACCCUGCUAAGAAGGCAGAACAAAAGGCAAAGAUGGAAAAAGAUCGUCUGGACCGGGAGCUGGAAGCACACUCUAAGGUCGGCGAGCCGGGCAGCCAGACCGAGGAGCUCAAGGCGAAGCUCGAGGCUCUCAAGGCUGAAGCUGCCUCUCUGGGACUCAACAAUGGCGACGCAGCAGCAGCUCGAGGAGGCUAUCGAGGCCGCGGUGCACCACGAGGUGCCGCUUCCUUCCGAGGAGCGACCCGAGGACGUGGGCGCGGGGCAGGUGCUGCACCCAGCAUGCGUCUGGACAAUCGCUCGACAAAGCUCAUCGUGUCGGACAUUCCCGAGGGCAAAGAAGCUCAACCGGUCAAGGAGUGGCUCAAGAGUUUCGGCGAUGUAGCCUCCUUUGACGAUGUCGUCGAAGGCAGUACUGGCGACGCACGCAACUUUGCCGUCACCUUCAAGACGCGUCAGAGUGGCGAAGCGGCGGUACGCUCGACGAUUGGAGGUGGUGAAGUGCCUGAAGUGGGAAAAGUCAAACUCGUUUGGGCUCCGGCUCCAGCUCCAGCUCCAGCUCCAGCUCCAGCUUCUACUUCUGCACUCACAGCAGCCACAAUGGUAGAUUCACAGGAAGGAGGGAUGGAGAUGGAUGAUGGAGAUGCUACAGGCGAAGGGGAGGGUGAGGAGAACUGGAAGCGAUGAGAGGAAGGAAAAAGAGUUGAAGCUGUGGCGCCAUCUGACCUGGACGUGCGGGCAGCAAGCGCAGGAGAGACAGCAGGAGAAGGCGAGAGAGAGGUAGGC